AUGGAGACCGUUCGCAACAUCCAGAAUCCCAUCCCUCCGGUGGUGCUACAGCCAUCCAAGUGGCUGUCACUCUACGAGGAUUUUGUCGCCAAGAACUCCAGCUCAGUUGGCUCGGUCGAGUCCGCGCUGAGGUCAUUGACCUAUAUCAUCCCAGGAAGGUAUCGCGAAUCAGAAAUCCCUUCAGAAUGUGUGCAUUCCGGAGUCCAACUUCUAUCGCUUUACCAUGAUUCCCUUGUGUCGCGAGUCAUUUCUCGACUGCCUUCCACGGUCCCUCGACCACCACCUACCCCCCAUGCCCGAUACACUAAAUACUGGACCUCGCGGUCCUCGCUCUACCAUCGAGUUGCCGUCGCGCUGCAGAUGCUCCAAUACACAGAGCUUCUCUGGGAGAUGACGGCGCGGCGACGUGGGCAGAAGACCCGAUGGCGUGUCGUCGUCUUCCUUGAGUUCGCCAAGGCGAUCUGCCGCCUGCUCUUACUUCGAUUGACCAACUCGAGACCGUUGGUCAGUCCUCCGUUGCCGGAGCGGGAGGUGGACCCUCGGACGACACAGGGAGAGGAGGAGCAGAGUGACUGGAACGGCAUGGAGACUCCCACCAGCGAGCGUUCUACAGACAUCAGCUGGACUAUGCCUCGCACGGGUCUAUCCCUGCCCUCCCUCCCAGACGUCAACGACGUGUCGAACUACCUUAUCUCCAAGGUUCUUACUGCGGAUGAUAUCAAGCCACCCAAGACCCUGCUGCACCGCGUCACUGGACAGGGACAGUUGGCAGAGGUCCUGUACAUCCUGCGACCAGUGGUCUAUGCACUGGCUAUGCAGCGAUGGAGUGGAGACCGGCGCAGCUGGCGGCCAUGGUUGAUUGGCUUCGGUAUGGAAUAUGGUUGCCGACAGCUUGCCAAGCGCGACUUCCGGGAGCGAGUUGCGGGUGGUCUCCGUGGCUUGACUGGACUCGAGCGAGAGGAACUGAGGAAGCGUGGAUGGUCUAUGGGCUGGUGGUUGUUGCGAGGUGCCUUCUACGAGAACAUCACAAAAUCAUGGUUGCACAGUAUGACCGGCAAGAUGAAGGGCAAGCCGCUUUUGGAUAUGGUGGGCAGUGUUGUCGAGGACUACGAGUAUCUUUGGGACAACUACUACUUCUCGACUGCCACCCUGUGA